AUGAGAUUAUUUCUAGUUGUUUUUUUGGCUUCAUUUGCAUUAUGCGAGAAAAACUACACAAUACAAGACAUAGAGCAUGUAUUCGGAGCUCCACUUGGUGCUCCUUCCAUUGAGCUGCAGCCUCCUUUAGCAGACGCACAAGUCCCAACAAAUCUCACAGAAAAUGACUUGUCAGAUGACUAUAGUCCUUCGGUGGCGGAUUAUGAUAAAUUUGAUUGGAUACUUACUAAGAGGAUUGCUGUUACAUCAAACGAGAACUUUCUAAUUUCUCCCUUGGGACUGAAAUUGGCCUUGGCUAUCCUGGUGGAAGCUUCCACAGGAGCAACCCACGCCGAGAUCUCCAACGUCCUUGGUUUGGAUGUAGACAAUGAAGUGGUUAGGAAGAAGUUUUCAGAAAUUAUAGACUCGCUUCAGACAAAGUCUUCAGACUAUAUUCUAGACCUAGGUAGUCGAAUAUACGUAGGAUCGUCAGUCCAUCCUCCACAACAGUUUGCGGCGAUCGCUGAGAACUUUUACAAGACCGAAAUCACAAGUCUAGACUUCAGUAAGUCCGAUCUAGCCGCCGACAGUAUUAAUCAGUGGGUGUCCAAUAUCACUCAAGGAAGGAUACCAAAUUUAGUAGAUGCAGGUGAUCUCCAGGGUGUGGUAUCAUUAGUCCUGAACACCUUAUUCUUCAAGGGAACAUGGCGACAUCAGUUCAACCCAAACAUGACAUUUAACCAUGACUUCUAUAUUCAGGCCAAUCUCACUAAGCCGUCACCCUUCAUGCAAACCAAAAACAAAUUCUUUUAUACCGACUCCGUUAAGUAUAAUGCGAAAAUCUUACGAAUGCCCUAUAAGACUGGAAAUUUCGCAAUGUACAUUAUAGUGCCAAACUCCCUCACCGGUCUACCUCAUAUAUUUAAUGAUAUAAGCGGUGUUCGUGCUGAGCUGUCCAGUCUGACUAAGCAUUUGGUUGACGUCAAGAUACCAAAAUUCGAGUUCGAGUACACUUCGCAACUUGAUGGACUGCUAAAAGAGUUGGGUGUUAGACAAGCGUUCGAGGACACAGCGUCUUUUCCAGGGUUAUCUAGGGGACAGACCCCGGGAAACCGCAUGCGAGUCUCAAAGGUGCUGCAGAGGUCUGGUAUCGUUAAUAACGAGAUUGGAAGCGUGGCAUAUUCGGCGACCGAAAUAACAUUAGAGAAUAAGUUUGGUGAGGACGAGCCCAAAGCAAUACUGGUUGCCAACAAACCAUUCAUGUUCUUCAUUCAAGAUGAGAACACCCGACAACUGCUCUUUACUGGACGUGUAUCCGACCCCUCGCUUUUUGACGGUGCCUUCAAACUCCCAUAG